GAAAAAAUCUCAGAGCUCCAGCUGCAGCAAUGGAUACGACUGCGAACGAACCAGCUACGAAAUGCUCCAAAUCCUCUCCGAUACCGAACUUCUUCGUAUCGCUCUCAUCGGCAUUUACGCAAACACCUUCCGUGCGUACGAACAAGCCCAGUUUGCAACUCCUACCACCAGCUUCAGACUCAAUCAAGUCGAUUCAAGACUUCCAUCGUUCUCUACUCUCCGCGACUGAGAAAUUCACAGGCUUCUUCCAUUCACUCGCCGCUAAGAACCCUCUCUUUCAGGAAGCGGUUCGCUUGUCCUCCGAGUUUCGCUGUAUCUGCGACGAGAUUCGUUUGAGGAACACUACAAGGGUGAGGCUUGCUAUGUCUGAUCAUGGGUUUGCAGCGGUUCUGCCUGGAGAUUCAGUUGCAGGAAUGGUGGUUGCUAAUGGGUUCAUUAACUUCCUCAAUAUAUAUAACACUGUCCUUGUUGUCCGUCUAGUACUUACCUGGUUCCCCACUGCUCCUCCUGCUAUCGUUAACCCCUUAAGCACUUUAUGUGAUCCGUAUUUGAACAUUUUCCGCGGAGUCAUACCACCUCUUGGAGGAUUAGAUUUGUCUCCCAUUUUGGCGUUUCUUGUUCUGAACGCCGUCACCAGCAGUGCUAUGGCGCUUCCUUGUGAGCUCCCACCUGCUGAAGGAGCGACUUCUCCAUCAUCAUGUGAGACAAAGUGGAUGAGAAGAAGAAGGUUGAGUAGCAACAAGAACCAGACAACGAGCUCAGCUUCUAUGAACUGAACCUUUCUAAGAAAACUCUGUUCUACGCUUCAAUAUGUGACAUACCUUUUGAGUAUAAUUCUUCUGCAUCUUUAGAUUCUGAGUUAUUCUUGUGUAAAUUUUCUUUAGAAUCUGAAUAAAAAGAGUUUUUCUU